AUGCCCCCCAAGAAGGUCUCCCUGCCACCCAACCCUCCAGCGCAUCCAUCGCAGAACAUUGCACUGCAGUAUACCACCUUCUUCUCAGUCGCGCCACUCAACGCCAAGAACGUCUCCUCCUCCUAUCUCAAGACAGAGGCGCAAACGUGGAUCUCUCGUUCUCAAGCCGCCGCACAAGCUUUACCGCAGAGCAAGAAGAGCAGACUCGACGCUGUUGCAGAUGCUGCUGAUGCCAGCGUCAACAUGGAUCAAGAUGACCAUCUCCAACCAGAAGAGGGUGAGAGGGAGGCAGCAGAAAACACCCCGGCACAUCGCACCAUCGUCAUUCAUCCAGGCUCCGAGAACCUUCGACUAGGUAGAGCUACGGAUCUCUUUCCUAUCUCGCUGCCCAACGUGAUUGCUCGACGAGCAAAGAAGGCUGCACCGCCAAAGUCGACGGACGAAGCGAAAGCAGCCAACGGCACUGCCGGCCAUGGCGAAACACCAAAAGGCGCGGAUGGCGAGCAAAUCGACCUUGACAUGGCAGACAAAGCUGACGCCGAGGAGAAUGAGCAAGCCCAAGAUCCUGCCAAGGCUUCACGCAAGAACCCGAGAAGGUCUGCCGCAACUGCAGCCUCGUUAAGCGCAACCAAGGCGGCCGGCGAUGAUGCUCAAGCUCAGGAGGAGGAAGAGGUGCAUGUCGCCAAGUCGAAACCUACACUCAGCCAAGGCAUUGAAGCUAUCCGCAACGACUUGCGUGCCAUCAUGCGUCAAGAGAAGCUUCGAUCCGUCGGCAACGCAAAGAAUCUUGCAGCCAACUACAACGACAGUUCGCAACCGGAAGACGUUCCCGAGCACAACGACCUUUUCGCACUCGAAUGGAUCGACCAAGACGCCGGCGGCGACAACGACCUUCUCGUCGGCGAGCAAGCUCUUCGUCUCGCCUGCUUCUCCCAACCCAACACUGCCGAACCCAAACAACAAGGCAGACGUCAACAGCAGCUCUCCUCCGUCAAAACACUUUCACCCCCCGAUUCAUCUCGACCCUGGACACUCUUCCGACCCUUCCAACGAGGCACUCUGGAUCUCAACAGCUACCAAGAGCAUUACGGCGCCUCUGCUGCUGUCCAAGCCCUCCUCGGAGACGUACGUAGCAUCCUCGAACACGCCAUCACCUCCCCACCCGAAGACACCGACGAGAGGCAAGAAAGCGGCAAAGUUGCACCCCUCGGUCUCGGCAUCCCUCGCCAAGAUUUCCACGAUUACACCGUCAUCCUCAUCAUCCCUGACCUUUUCUGCCGAUCGGACGUCAAGGCGCUUACCGAACUUCUGCUCGUCGAUAUGGGAUUCGCUCAGGCCUGCGUACAGCAAGAAAGCGUCUGUGCUACUUUUGGUGCAGGUCUUUCCUCAGGUUGCGUCGUCGAUUUAGGAGCGGACAAGAUUUCGAUCUCGUGUGUUGAAGAAGGUCUUAUCCUGCCAGAAACGCGCAUCUUGCUGUCGUACGGUGGAGCAGAUCUGACACACUUCCUUGCCGAGCUUUUCAUUCGUGCCAAGUUCCCUUACCGAGAGCUCGACCAUCGAAAGAGUAUCGCCGAUACGAUGAUGAUCGAUGAGCUUAAACGCAAACUCAUCACGCUCAACCCGGCGGAUGUGGGGCUCAACAUUCACGAUUUCUACCUGAGGUUGCCAUCAAGACCGACGAUCAAGUAUCUCUUCAGGACGUACGACGAACUGAUCGUGGGACCGAUGAGUUUGUUCGAUCCUGCAGUAUUCGAUUUGGACAGUAAGAAGAUGUUGAGGGGUAAAUCCAGGGCUGGGCAGGCAGAGGAGAAGGAAGGUGGAGGGGAUGAAGGACUGGGAGAAGAUGCGCCCGAGUUGAGCCUUUUACGUGGCUUGGACAUCCCCGUUACGGGAGCGAUGACGAGCUGUGUCAAGCAUCUAUUGCCACCUCCGCCUGUACCUGCCACCCAACCUACUGCAGCAGCAACAGCAGCAGCAGCAGCGGCUGGAUGCGAAAUUGGUACACCUGCUCCCACCGCUCCUGCCAAAGUCGACAGCACCAUGCCUUCCCGAGCAGCCUCUCCCUCCACCAAGCCCGAAAACAGUGCUACCUUAGACACCAACACCCUCCCCUCGGCCGACCCUUGCGCUCGACCCUCCCCCAUGCCCCUAGAACCCACGAGGAUCAACGAAGACGAACGGGCCAUCCCCUACCCCCGCACUCCAACAAUCGAUAUCCCUUUCGAAGCCUCCAAGACUCCCCUUGACAUGGCCAUCUUCAACUCCCUCCUCACCUCCAUCGGUCAAGUUGGUCCCGCUGGCGAUGAACGUUUGCGCAAGAUGUCUAACAAUAUCCUCUGCGUUGGUGGCACAGCGCAAAUUCCAGGAUUGGCCGCGGCACUGGAAGCGAGGUUGACUGCGAUGCUGGCAAACCAUUUCGCAAUGACGACAGGCGAUGCAGGGAAUGCACCCAAGGUGACCGUGAUUCCACCUCCGAGAGAUAUGGAUCCACAGGUGAUGGCUUGGAAGGGUAUGAGCGUUUUUGCGAGGUUAGAGGCGGCAAGUAGUGAACUGUGUUUGAGGAGGCAAGAUUGGUUAUUGUUCGCAUGGAGGGCGUUGAGGGAGAAGACGCUUUUCCUUUGA